AUGAUGACAUCAAACAUACUAUCCCGUUUCCUUCCUCCGAACGGCUCGCCAUCGGUGUACGAAACGCUUCGGCAACAGGACGCGGAAUCGAAUCCUUCGGAUGUUGAGGAACGUGCAGGAUUAGAAUUCGAAGAUGAUCGGAGGACUCAAUUUAGUGACCGUGAGUUGGAAGAGGCCAUGGUACACGCUGCGAGAGACGGCAUACAGAGCCCGAGCCCGAGCGAGCCGUUCCUGACUCAAGGGAGCCCGCAAAGAACCUCUGGUACAGCAACAGCUAAAUCUGGUUCCCGGCGGCGGAAACACAGUCGUCCUCGGUGGAUGCACCAGGACCCCGACGACGGUGAUGAUGAUGUGCCUCCCUCCCUCCUAGUAGAAGGACACCAGGAUGACGACGAGAUGAAGUCCCGACUUCCCCCCCCUCCUCCUUCUCAUCGCCACCCGCAGCGAGAACAGUCUCCUGCUCCUGGUCCUUCAUCGCGUGCAGAUCGGGCUCGUUGGAACACAACAAGGGAACAGCUGCCGCUCCACAAUGAUCGCAGGGGGCAACGUCCCGGGGCAAUCUGGUCGCUGGGGCAUCCCAACCUGGCCACAGUAGAUCCCAAAGAGAAAGCCAUGUGGCUGUGGGCAAACGUGGAAAAUCUGGACAAUUUUCUGAAGGAUGUUUAUACGUACUUCUUAGGGAAUGGGAUAUGGUCAAUACUGCUGAAUCGAGGUUUAAGCCUCUUGACAUUUGCUUUCGUGGUGGGAUUUAGUACUUUUCUCACCAACUGCAUCGAUUAUCGCAACUUUCGAGGAAGUAGAAAAAUGGAUGACAUACUCAUUCAACAGUGCACUAAGAAGAUGUCUAUGUCCUCUACCUUCUUGCUCUGGCUGUUGACUGUUUUCUGGAUUGGAAAGGCUUUUCAGUACUUGAUGGAUAUCAGAAGGCUGAAGCACAUGCAUGACUUUUACCACUAUUUGCUCGGAAUCUCUGACAGUGAGAUCCAAACGAUCUCCUGGCAGGAGGUUGUGAGCCGGCUGAUGACUCUUAGAGAUGCGAACCCCGCCACUGCUGGGGCAGUUUCUGCCAGGCAUCGCAAGUUCAUGGGGAGCCAGUCCAAGCAGAGGAUGGAUGCUCACGAUAUCGCAAACCGAUUGAUGCGUAAAGAGAAUUACUUGAUUGCUCUGGUGAACAAAGACAUACUAGAUUUGACUCUCCCAAUACCGUUCCUCCGAAACAGGCAACUAUUUUCGCAGACGCUAGAAUGGAACAUCAAUCUCUGCAUUAUGGACUAUGUUUUUAAUGACCAGGGCCAAGUGCGAACCUUGUUCCUGAAGGACACACACCGGAAAGCCUUGAGUGAGGGCCUGCGGCGGCGAUUCAUCUUCGCGGGUAUCAUGAAUAUCUUCGUAGCCCCCUUUAUUGUCGUUUACUUCUUGAUGCAUUAUUUUUUCCGCUACUUUAACGAGUACAAGAAGAACCCAGCCCAGAUUGGAUCCCGGCAGUAUACCCCUUUAGCCGAAUGGAAGUUUCGCGAGUUCAACGAACUCUGGCAUCUGUUUGAGCGUCGUGUCAACAUGUCGUAUCCUUUUGCUGGUCGUUAUGUGGACCAAUUUCCCAAGGAUAAGACUGUCCAGAUUGCUGGCUUUGUGGCGUUCGUCUCCGGCGCCCUGGCGUCCGUAUUGGCCCUGGUAUCCGUCAUAGACCCAGAACUUUUCCUGGGCUUUGAAAUCACACAUGACCGGACUGUCCUUUUCUACCUGGGUGUUUUUGGCUCUGUAUGGGCUUUUGCACGAGGGUUAGUUCCGGAAGAAACAAAUGUGUUCGAUCCCGAAUUCGCACUUCUUGAAGUGAUUGACUUCACCCACUAUUGCCCGAAUAAUUGGAAAGGGCGGUUGCAUAGUGACGAAGUUCGGAAGGAGUUUGCUAUGCUUUACCAGAUGAAGAUCGUUAUCUUCUUGGAAGAGAUCCUGAGCAUGAUCUUCACCCCGUUUAUUCUCUGGUUCAGCCUGCCUAAAUGUAGUGAUCGUCUUAUCGACUUCUUCCGGGAGUUCACCGUGCAUGUGGAUGGCAUGGGAUAUCUCUGCUCAUUUGCCGUAUUUGAUUUCAAGAAAGGCACCAACGUCAUCAGUCAAGGAGAUACGAGACGACGAGAGAGCGGGAGGCAGGACCUACGGGCGGACUACUUCUCGACCAAGGAUGGCAAAAUGCUCGCAUCUUACUAUGGGUUUUUAGAUAACUAUGGUGGUAAUCGCCCUGCGAACCCAUCCAGUCGCCGCCAGUUCCACCCUCCACCUGCCUUUCCCACGCUGGGGUCACCAUCUGCUGUUGAAAUGGGUAAUAUCGGCGAGCGGCUGGAGCGAACCCAAACACGUCAUGGUCCAGCAGCUGCUUUUAUGGGGCAACAGUCGGGCUUGGGCCCUGGCUUUGGAGCUGCAGGCUUUGCCGAUCAUGCGUCGCCCGCACCAUCUAUCCUCCUUGACCCGCAUCACCAGCCGAUGGGGUCAGAGUUCCGGACGGCAAAUCGAUCUGUCCAUUAUCCACGGUUUAGGUCAUCGCGUCCAGUGCGACCCAUGACUGACCCAAUUGAGGACGACAAUGAAUCAACCUCCGCGGAGAUCCGUCGUGCUGCUGUUAAGAAGUCUCCCCAGACGGGAUCCAGCGGUGGAGCUAUCGGCACCAGUGAUAGCAACCUGGGAGAGUCCUGGCGGAUGAAUCUGAUGGGGGAUGAAAAUGACAAGGACUCAGGCGAGGACGAAGAGAACGUCGAAGAGCUUGCUGGGAACGCAGGGGUCUUCGGACUUAUCCAGCAAUUUCAAAAAGUCAGCAAAGACAAUCGCGGACGCACCACAGUUGGGAUAUAG